AUGACAAGUCUUGAAGGUGUUCAAGAAAAGUUCCGUCGUUUAGGAUUGAAUGCCAACAUCAGUCGUCAGAUCACACUUACGCAUCCCAACAUCCGACAACCCACACAAGCACAGUCAGCGCUAAUACCCGCCAUCCUAUUACCCACAGAUGUCAUUCUGCGCGCCCACACUGGCACUGGAAAGUCCUUCGGUAUUCUCUUGGCGCUGCUCAGCAAACCUCGCAUCGUCUUUCGAGACUCGACAACUUCGGAUCCUUCUGUGCCGUCGCAGGGAAAGCGAAGCAAACCGCAGACCGGCAUUGCCUCCAUCAUUCUGGUGCCGAGUAACGAGCUAGCUCUGCAAUACAUGCGCUGGGCUCGGUCGUUAUUUCCCACGUCCAGCCUGCCGUCCUUGGAUCCGGUUAUUCAAUGCUUGGUCCGCGGAGGUUUCACCGGCACAGAUGCGCCGACCGCAGAAGAGGAGAUGAAGCGACUCAAAGCCAAGCCUCCGCAUAUCUUGAUUGGCACACCGACGCGUAUCAAGGACAUUCUCGACACACCUGCUGGAUCCUCACUGCUCGGCCUCGACACGCUCAAGACGCUCGUGCUCGAUGAAGCGGAUGCUGUACUGCAGCUUCCAGGAAGAUUCCCCUCCCACAAACAGCGAUGGAAACAUGAGGUGCACAAGGCACCUGGUCUUCUGAUUCUCAACGAAAUCAUGAAGAGACGCGCAACCUUUUCAGGCGGCGAGAAGCACCUCUCUGCUGGCCUUGAAAACCGACCAGGCAAAAGGCGCGACGAAAGAAGGCCUCCAGAACACGUCCGUCGAAACAGCUACAAGGCGGCUGAGCGAUCCUCUGCCAGCAGCAUCGAUCCGCACACAGGCCUGACGCUCGCCAAAUCUCGCAGCUCAGGUGUGCAGCCUCUGCAGCUCAUCGCAACGAGCGCAACGGCCAACUCGGUGAUGCGUCACUUUUUUGCAGCCAGAACGGGCUGGCUGCGUCCAGGAGCCAAGGACAAUGGAAUGUCAUUCGCACCCCAGACAGGGCGCUGGAUCGACCUCACUGGACUGAGCGGCCAAAGCAUGGUGGAUCAAGGCAUUCGAGGGCUGUUCGGAGCCAAUGAGCGAGCACGUACCGAUGCGUUGAUCCAGACGUCGCUCGAGCAGACGCCAUCGACGAUGCCUGGGACGAUCCAGCACACGUGUAUCGUUGUUGACGAGGCACCCUUGUCCAAACAGCUUUCCGCGAUACCGUUGCGCAACUUUGACCCGAAGCUAGCGAGAAGGAGGGACGGCAGCUCGAUCAGUGGAGGUCCUGCCUCGGCAUCUUUGGCUGAAGCCGAUGCUGGCGUUGCUGCUGGAGAUGAUUUCAUAGUGAUCAGGCCCGAGGACGAACCGCAAGAGCACGAGAUGGAUCGGACCCUGAUCGAGGCUCUGGCAUUUUGCUUCGCUUCAGAGGGUGUCAAUCGCGGUCUUGCCUUGAUUCCUGCUCGAUGGAGCUUGUUGAAGACGCGCGCCGCGCUCGAAGCCCUCGGUGUGACGGUGCGGCUGGCCUCCGACGUAACCUCUCCUCCCUCCCCUAGCUCAGCUGCAGGCGCAACGUCAGCGCCGGCAAGUGAGAAAGAGGCGACCAAAUCAGCGUCCGCAUCGGCAGGUCCCGAACUCUUUUUGCUGCAGACUACGUCUUCCCGUGGUCUCGACAUUCCUUCGCUCUCACACGUCUUUUUGGUCGGAUACGCUUCCGUGAUCGACGCGGUGCAGUAUGUCCACUCUGCUGGACGUGUCGCCCGGAUCGGAGGCGAUCCUGAUACGCCCGCGACGGGCACGGUGGUCACGCUGCUGCGCGGUCUUCCUCAUCACACGCCCAUCCCAUCCGAGAUGCAGAGCCGGGCUGGUACGGAUAAGCUUAAAAAGGCAAUCUCGACGUCGGAGGCAAAGAUGGCAAAUGUGUAUCGUCGACUCGGAGUUGUGCCGAAGAAGCUCGAUUUGGGUCUGCUCACGUCGAGAGCAACCGCUGCCGGGGCAGAUCAACCGCCAUCGGAGAAGCACGAACCCGUAUUUUCAGCUGAGAAGGCUGACACCGAAAAGCUCAAGCCCGACCAACAGACGGGCGGGACCGCAUGA